AUGGCAACUGUUCCUGAACUCAACAGUGAAAUGGCAGCUUUCCAGAGUGGUGAUGAGAAUGACCUGUUCUUUGAGGUUGAAGAGCCCCAAAAGAUGAAGAGCUGCUUCCAAGCUGUUGACCUGAGCUGUUCAGACGAGAGCAUCCAGCUCCAAAUCUCCCAGCAGCAUUUCAACAAGAGCUUCCGGCAGGUGGCGUCACUUAUCGUGGCUGUGGAGAAGCUGUGGAACAUUCCUGCCCCUUGCUCGUGGACCUUCCAGGAUGAGGACUUGAGAACCUUCUUUUCCUCCAUCUUUGAAGAAGAGCCCCUCUUCUGCGAGUACUGGGACGGCGAGCUGCUCGUGGCUGAUGUUCCCAUUCGUCAGCUGCACUGCAGGCUCCGAGAUGAACAACAGAAAUGCCUUGUGCUGUCUGACCCCUGUGAACUGAAAGCUCUCCACCUCAAUGGGCAGAAUAUAAACCAACAAGUGAUCUUUUCCAUGAGCUACGUGCAGGGGGAAACAAGCAACAACAAGAUCCCUGUGGCCUUGGGAGUCAAGGGGAAGAAUCUGUACCUGUCCUGUGUGCUGAAAGGUGGCAUGCCCACCCUGCAGCUGGAGAGUUUAGAUCCCAAACAAUACCCAAAGAAGAAGAUGGAAAAGCGGUUUGUCUUCAACAAGAUAGAAAUCAAAUCCAAGGUGGAGUUUGAGUCUGCACAGUUCCCCAACUGGUACAUCAGCACCUCCCAAGCAGAACAUAAGCCUGUCUUCCUGGGAAACAACAGCGGCCAGGAUAUAAUUGACUUCACCAUGGAAUCCAUAUCUUCCUAG